AAAAUCGGGUGCUUCUCGCCCACCGUAUCAUCGAUUUCUUUCUUCGCCGGCGAAAUUACGCUCUUCCUAACCGGCGAUCUUGUUUCCGGCGAUCAACUCAGGAUUGAUUUUUGUGAAACUCGUUUCUGGGGAAGAUAGAACUCGCACUUGCUCUUGGUCGACGCAAUUAAAGAGGGAAGCUUGAGAGAUUGAAUCAACGUUUCGCUCAAAUCCGAAAGCAGAAAAGGGCAAAACAAUGUCUUAUGAAAGCAAAGGUUUCUGGGUUCUGAAGAACAAUGAGCAUACAAGCGAGGAAGACUCAGUUUAUGAUCACUCAACAAGAGACGAUGCAAAGCGUCCUCAUCCUUGGUUUGUGGACUCUUCCCGCUCAGAGAUGUUCCCAAACAAGAAGCAAGCAGUGCAAGAUCCAGUAGGGUUAGGGAAAUCGAAUGUAGGUCUUCCUUUGUGGGAAAGCUCAUCGGUUUUUCAAUCCGUCUCGAACCAGUUCAUGGAUAGGCUUCUAGGGACAGAAAUGCCAAGACCCCUUUUGUUUGGUGAUAGAGACAGAACAGAAGUUGGUAGUCAUCACCAACCUAAGAGCAUAGGAGGGAGUUACUUGGAAGACAGAUCUGUUGAACUGUCGAUAUCUAAUGGCGUUGAGGUUGCUGGAAGUUGUUUUGGUGGUGGUGAUGGAAUUAGAAAACUUCAAGUUAGUAGGGUUAAGGAAACAAUGAGUACACAUGGUGGUUUAGACGGUCAUAGUCAUAGGAAAAUCGAUUCAUCUUCGAUCCAAGCUUGUGGUAGGGAUAAUGAGGGGACUAGUUUUGUGAAUUUUGCACUGGUGGGUCAUCCUUAUGGCAAUGAAGAUUCUCAUGGAAUCACGUUUGGUGAAAUUAACGACGAACAUGGUGUUGGCUCUACUUCCAAUGUUGUUGGAAACUAUCAGUCUUAUGUCCAAGACCCUAUUGGAACAUCUGAUAUGGUUUAUGGCCAAGAAACCGCACAGGCCAGCAGCGGAGCUUUAGGUGAACAACUAGCGGCUAAACCGAGCUUGGAAUCUCUUCCAAAGAACAAAGGAGAGACCAAGACUUCAAAGAAGGAAGCUUCCACAAGCUUUCCUUCAAACGUCAGAAGCUUGAUAUCAACUGGUAUGCUCGAUGGCGUUCCUGUGAAAUAUGUUUCUCUCUCGCGUGAGGAGCUUCGAGGAGUCAUCAAAGGAUCGGGAUAUCUCUGUGGAUGUCAAGCUUGCGAUUUCACAAAGGUGCUUAACGCGUAUGCAUUUGAGAGACACGCCGGAUGUAAAACGAAGCAUCCAAACAAUCAUAUUUACUUUGAAAACGGGAAGACGAUUUAUCAGAUAGUUCAGGAACUUAGGAACACUCCAGAAACUAUGUUGUUUGAUGUGAUUCAGACUGUGUUUGGUUCUCCUAUCAACCAGAAAGCAUUUCGCAUUUGGAAAGAAUCAUUUCAAGCAGCGACUCGGGAACUUCAGCGUAUCUAUGGCAAAGAAGAGCGUUCCUUUUGAAUGUAUAAUAUUAUAUUCUGUUGAAAAUUGUAAGAUUGCAACAUUUUGCUGGAUCUUAGUGUAAAAACUUAUCUUUUUUUUUUGCUUAACUGUGUAUAUAGAGAACCUUUAGUAAUUGUGCUAAACAGGAAAAGAUGAAAGAAGUGAUGAUGUAACAGAGAAAGCCAACGAUAAGAAUAGAAUU